GGUCUGUGCAGCCGCAGGCUGAGGGCUGAGCGCUGAGGGCCGGGGGCGGGCGCCGGGCAGGACCAGGGCCGGGCAGGAGGUGGUGGCGCUGGCGCUCCCGGCGUCACAGCGCCAGGCCCGCGGCGGCGGCGGCGGUGGCGGCGGGGCGAUGCGGCUGCUGGCGCUGGCGGCGGUGCUGUGGGCGCGGGCUCCGGGCCCGGAGGUCUGCUGGGCUCUCAAUGUGACCGUGUCCCCGGGACCUGUGGUUGACUACCUGGAAGGGGACAAUGCCACCCUCCUGUGCCACGUGUCCCAGAAGAGGCUCAAGGAUAGCCUGCUGGCCGUACGCUGGUUUUUCGCAGGCGCCAACAGCCCAGAGGCCUUGAUGGUGAAGAUGACCAAGCUCCGGGCUGUGCAGUACUAUGGGAACUUCAGCCGCAGUGCGCACCGCCGGAGGCUGCGGCUGCUGGAGGAGCAGCGUGGGGCGCGGUACCGGCUCUCGGUGUUGACUCUGAGGCCCGCUGACCAGGGCCAGUACGUCUGCCGGGUGCAGGAGAUCAGCAAGCACCGGAACAAGUGGACGGCCUGGUCCAACGGCUCCUCAGCCACGGAGAUGAGAGUUCUCCAUCUCUCUGUGCUGCCCACCUCCUCCACCUCUGACCUGGAAGUGGUUCUCAUCUCGCACAUGGCUGCCUUCCUCCCUGGAGCCUGCAGCCGCCAUGGUUUGCUGGUGGGAAGGCCCGAUGCCUCAGGAAGCGAUGACCAUGCUUCCAGGGGGCCACGGAAGGGGACUAAGGCGAGCCACCCCUCAGUAAAUGAUCUGAAGCCUGACAGGCCUGGUCUGUGCUCUUCACCAAGGGGAGCUGGGGAGGCCUGGCCCAGCUGUCUCCUUUCCAAAGUCAGGACUGGGGUCCGACUCAGCUGGUUGCCUCUCCCUGGGCCUGGUGUCUGCUUCAUCAUCUGGGACCUGGUCCUGACUUCCGCAUUUUCUUUGCAUGCUUCUCUCUGUGGCUUGUCAGCCACCCGUGGGAGAGGAGACAGAUGCCAGGGACUUCCCGUGCAUCUCAGCUCCACCCUUUGCCCUUUGCCAUGGACUUGAUGGUGAGUUUCCUCCUGCAUCUCACCAGAAGCAAAAGUGUCUUUUACUGCAGAGUUCUUGAAGGUAAGGCUGUGCCCUGCCUCUCCUCAGCCCUCUGCAGCAAACUCCUCCCCGCAGACUGAGGGUGACUGUCACCUAGAGAAGUUGUGGAACGGCUCCUGGUACAGAGCUCAAGCCACAGCUGUCACUUGUUCCUCAUAUUUCCAUAUGCUGAUUGUUUCCUGUUGCAGAAAGUCCAGAAAAACUCUGAAAAGGGUUGGGUAGAAACAAAAGUGACUUUCCAAUGACUCCAUUUGCAGUGGUCUCCAUUAGAGGCUUUGCAAUGUCUCCAUUGCAACAGAACCUGACAUUCAGUGUCUGUCCUCUCAGGGACUUCGUGCACUAAAAACACAAAAUCUCCUGUCACUUUUAACAUCAAUACCAUCUGUGCCUGGCUUUUCUGACAUGUCUAAACAGUCCACACAUUGUCUUUGUUAAAUAUGGUUCCACAGCAUGAUUUUUACAGCAGAGAGCAUUUGUGGUGUAGCUCGUUGCUACUGGACAUAUAAGCGAUGCUAAGUCCUUGUCAGUUAACCUCAGCAAAGGUCGCUGUCCUUAGUAUAAAAUCCUAUAAGAGGUCCUAUAAGAUAUUGGCCCAAAGUUCCCCCACCUAAUGAUGGAUCCAAUUCAAAGAUCCGAACUGACCUCUAGAAUAAUUAAUGGAUUUCUGUGCUCACCAGCAUUGUAAAGGGCUCCCCCGCCCCGGCGUGGUCUCCAUCAUGGGGAUGGCUAGUCAUGAUGUGUUCACUGGACUGAGAUGCCCACUGAGCUGGCAACAGAUUCUUUCUUGGUGUAUUGUUUCUGUUCCUCCACUGCAGUCACACAUACCCUUUGCGGAUGCUAAGGAUGCUGGCAGUGAUCGCACAGCUCGUGAAGGGCUCUCAGUUAAUGCUUGAUGGAUGCACAGAAGUUUCCACACACUGACUGCUCCCCCUGAGCACAGGGGGCCUGGCAAAAUAAAUGAAAGCUUUAUUCAAAGCCAGCCCCGAGGACCGAGGGGCCUCAGACGCUAUCGAUCACUUUGUCACCGUUUGCAGGUGUGCAGGGGCCUCUCUAUAAGGAAGACAGGACAGGAAUGCUGUGAGACACAGACAACCUGGCUGGCUUUUCUCGCCACGCCCUGCAAACUCCCCUGCUCUUUUGCUGUGGGAAGCAAGCUGGCCUCUGACCUGGGCCAGCAUCCGAGCGCUCUCUGUUUGCCUGAGCCUAAGAGAGGAGGGUAUGGGGGUUUAUGCACUGAGGAAGCCUGGAGAAGUGGGUCAUCUUUACAAGAAGAAUUCUAACUUAAAGACCCCUGUUGUGCUGUGGUUGUGCAAAGUGCUCCUUGGCGGGACCACUAGCACCUCUUGCUUGGAUGCCUCUGGCCUGUCACCUUCUGAGGGACCUCCCCUCUUUCCUUAACCUCUCCAACUGCUCAUCUCAUCUGCCUUCCUCCCCAUGGAGCUUCCUUUGUGUGGUCUCCGCUUGGAGUGGGGAUGACCCAACACGGUACCCAUGGCACUGUGUUUGCCAUCUGCUGUAGCAUAGGAAGACUAAUUAGGGGUGAAAGAGUCAAACAAGGCAAAACCCGUCUUUCCCCACCCUGACCUAAAGUCCCACAUUGAGCCACGGAUGCAUGACCACAUGGUGUAGGUGUGUUUCAACAAGGAUGUCACCUUGCUGUAUGCAUGAUCAUUGCUAAUUUUUUUUAACUUUUUAAAAGUAUAUUCUAUGUUGGAUUUAUAUCCAGUGACAAAUAGCAUCAAAAUUAUUACAGUAUAAUCAUCUAAAAUCAUCGUGGAAGCUAAGGCCUAACCUUUAUUCUUGCUGUUCACUUUUUUAAAAUUUUCAAUGUACUACAAGUAGAUAUUCAUAAAGAAAAUAUCCAAAGCACUUGUCUUUUAUUAAAAAUAAACAAAUUUUAUAAAAUAUAGUCAGAGAAUGAUUAAUACGCUAUGUAUUAUAAUAUGAAAAGAAAGCCAAAGUGUUAUUCAGAGUACAGAGUACACAAAAACAAAAGUGUUUCUCUUUGUUUAUUGAAAAAAAAAACUUUUGGAGCUGGGGAUUUAGCUCAGCGGCAUAAGCGUCUGCCUUGGAAGCAGGCAGUCAUGAGUUCGAUCCCUGGUACCGAUAAAAAGGAAAAAGACCAAAAAAUAAAUGUAAAAAAAAAAAAACAAAAACUGUUUUUCCUUUCAUCUGUUCCCUUUUCUUUAUGUCUAAGGUUUUAGAAAUUAAAUUCUAGUACCUCAAAAAAAAAAAAAAAGAGUGGUCUAUAUUGUUUCUAUCAAUAUGAACUUUAAAAUAAAAGUUGCUUUUUACCUAAAUUAGAUUGCUAUUACCUACAGCAUUCAUACUGUAAAUGCUAAGGGGGAAAAAAAAACCCACUCCAAACACCUCUUCAAACAGAAAUACAUUAUACUUGGGGUUUUGUUCUGAAAUUGUGUGUCUCUUAAUAAGCAUCUGUUGAACAGAAUUUCACUCCUGCAAAAAGCUUGAAAGAGAUGAUUUUCCAUGCAUUUUCUACAAAUGAUGUCAUGCAGGGAGACAGGACCAAGCUGCCUGUAACCCCCCACCCCCACCCCCGUCCCAGGGUGAGCGCUUAGGAAACUCCCAAUUUUCCACCAGCAGAGUGAUUUAGGGAACAGCGUUGUGCACAUUUCCAACUGUCCCUGCUAGCCGGUUCCUGGAAACAGUACUGGGCGGAAAGCUAUGCGUAUUUAAAUUUUUACUAGACAUCGCCAGAACUCUAUUGCCAAAGAGACUUUACAGAUUUAUACUCUGGUUGGAGAGUAUCUCCUUCCCUGAAGCCUCAUAAAUGAUCGAUUUUGUUCAUCUUUUCCAUGAUUUAUCACAAUGAUGGGAAAAGUAUUAAAUUAUUUUAAUUUUAAUUAUUACAUUUCAUGUGAUAAAUUUAAUUUCUCUUGUCCGUUCAGUUAGUAAUGGGGUUGUAGCAUCUCUUCAUGUUUAUUGACUGCUUAAAAAAUAUCUUUUCUGAAUUGCCUGUCUGUAAUUAUAGCUGUCCAUAAUUGGGUUGCUGUCUCUCUGGUGUGUGUGUGUGUGUGUGUGUGUGUGUGUGUGUGUGUGUGUGUGCAUUUCUGGUCACUAACUCUUUGCUAUUAUUUGUGACACACACAUUUCCUUCUGUCACUGAGUUUUCCAUUUUAUGUUUUGUUUUAACAUAGAGACAUUUCACACUUUCAGGAUAUUUUUGUAAUCGAAUUUGUCAUUUUUUUCCAUUAUGGUAUUGCUUUUUCCAGUAGUCACUUUUUAUUAAGGCGUAAUUUACAUUCAAUAGGCUUCUCGUGGUACCUCUGUUAAUGUUUGAUUUUAGAAAGUAUUUCCUGCCCCAAGUUUAUAAAAAUGUUUUUCAUAUAUAUUUCGGUAAUAUAUUUACAUGAAUAAAAGUAAGCUUUGUUCUUUUUUCUCUUUGAAUGCA